UCCUGAUCUGGAGUCUGAUCCUGAUCCUGGUCUAGAGUCUGAUCCUGAUCCUGAUCUGGACUCUGAUCUUGGUCUGGACUCGGAUCCUGAUCUUGGUCUGGACUCGGAUCCUGAUCCUGGUCUAGACUCUGAUCCUGGUCUGGACUCUGAUCUUGAUCCUGAUCUGGACUCUGAUCUUGAUUCUGGUCUGCAGUCUGAUCCUGAUCUUGUCUCUCUGUCCCUCAGUGGUCCACGAGAUGAACGGUGAAGACGGCGUCCAGCUGCUCAGCUCCUCCGAGGUCGAAGACCUGAUCCAUAAAGCCGACGAGGCCUCGAUGAUGUCGCAGACUGUUGCCACGGUGACUUCCCUCCCGACAGCGGAGGUCCAGGAGGAGGUGGUUCCCGAGCUGCCACCACCAACGGAGAUCACCGGGCUGGAAACCAAAGUGGGCGGUGAGCCGAGCAUGGCCGAGGCCAGCGCCGAGAACCCCGUCACCAUGGUGUUCAUGGGAUACCAGAGCGUGGAGGACGAGGAUGAGACCAGGAAGGUUCUGGGUCUGCAGGGGACGGUGAAGGCAGAGCUCGUGCUCAUCGAUGACGCCAACGGGAAAACGUCACCGGGCGGAGAGAAGGAGGAGGCAGUGGUUGGCACUCAGACACCAGCUCCGCCUCCAGCUGCCUCCUCCGCCCCACCGCCCUCCACCAAACCUCCAGGGACACAGCCGGCGGCGAGCAAUGGUGAGACGGCAGAGGAGGUGAAGGGAGGAGCGGUGGAGAUAAAGAAGGAGAAACAGCCGUGUAAGUGCUGCAGCAUCAUGUGAUCCUGCAGAAAGUCAAAUCAUACAAGAAUAAAAAGGACGGAGACUUUUCAGGACACAGACUCCACCCACUGCCCUCAGCCCCGCCUCUAACAACAUGACAUCAUUUCCUGUUUCUUCAUUCUCCUGUUUUAUAAAACCUCUCUUUACUUUUUCUAUUUCCCUGAAACCUUUUUACUUUUGUACUCCUCCUGUCUGCUCGAUGCAUCUGAUUAGCAUUAGCAUUAGCAUUAGCCACGCAGUCGUCACUGUGAAAUCAGACAGUUAAUAAUUCUAGAGUUUGUAUUUAUUUGAUUUUGUAAGUUCCUGUUUGUUUUUAGUUUUAAAAAGAAAAUAAACUGAUCUGACCGACAAGUCGACCCUGAACGCAC